AAAUACUUUCUUGUAUAAAAUAAAACAUGUCGAUUAUCUUGUCUCAUUAGUCAAUCUGGUCCUUGGUCUUCUUCUUCUUCAUGUAGUAGAGAGAGAGAAGAGAUCGGAAACCAUCUCCGGUGAACCAAAUGGCCAGUACUUGUCAUUUCGCAGUGUUAUCCAGUUUCCUGUUCUUCUUACUUGUUUCUCCUUCGUUCUCCCUUCCUCUAUGUACAGAUUCAACUGCUCCUUUUACGCCGAAUGUUUCUCUAACAUUCUGUCCCUACAAUGGCACCAACUGUUGUGACGGCGCUGAUGAUUUACUCUUGAAGAACCAAUUCGAAUCAAUGAACAUCUCCGAUCCCGCCUGCGCUUCUCUCCUUAAAUCAUCGAUAUGUUCUAAAUGCGAUCCGUUUUCAGCAGAGCUGUUCAGAGUGAAAUCUAACCCGCGAAUGGUUCCUGUACUUUGUAACUCUACAGUAGGAAACAGCGACUUUUGCACACAAAUAUGGAACACAUGUCAAAAUGUUUCAAUUAUGAAUUCACCCUUUGCGGCAAUAAUUAAAGGUCAAGGCGGACAACCAUCUGGUUCAAAUUUCACAAAACUGACUGAUUUCUGGCAAUCUAAAACUGAUUUCUGUUCUGUAUACGGUGGAGAGAAUGAAGAAGGGGGUGUGUGUUUUAAUGGAGGACCUGUCGUUUUAACCAACAAAACAGAAGCAUCUUCGAUUCCAGUUAGUGGUUUGUGUUUGGAGAAAAUAGGAAAUGGUUCUUAUCUCGAUAUGGCGGCUCAUCCAGAUGGAUCUGGUCGGGCUUUCUUUUCAAAUCAACAGGGGAGGAUUUGGUUAGCGACGAUUCCUAAACAAGGAUCGGGAGGAACGCUUACUCUUGAUGAAUCAAGUCCGUUUCUUGAUUUAACAGAUGAGGUUCACUUUGAUACUCAGUUUGGAAUGAUGGGUAUUGCAUUUCAUCCAAACUUUACUAAGAAUGGACGUUUCUUCGCUUCUUUCAAUUGUGAUAAAUCUGAUUGGCCUGGAUGCGGUGGAAGGUGUUCUUGUAAUUCUGACGUGAAUUGUGAUCCUACUAAACUUCCAAGUGACAGCGGUGCUCUUCCUUGUCAAUAUCAAACCGUAAUUGCAGAAUUCGCUGUUGAUGGCUCGUCUGCCGAUCAGCCUGCUAAGGCAACGAAAGCUAGCCCAUCUGAAGUUCGAAGGAUAUUUACAAUGGGUCUUCCGUUUACGUCUCACCAUGGAGGACAGAUUCUUUUUGGACCGGCUGAUGGUUAUUUGUAUUUGAUGAUGGGAGAUGGUGGAGGCCCUUCGGGAACUAGUGACCCUUAUAACUUUUCUCAGAAUAAGAAAUCUUUGCUUGGAAAGAUUAUCAGGCUUGAUGUUGACAACAUCCCGAGUGGGGCGGAAAUCAGCAAGCUUGGCCUUUGGGGAAAUUACUCAAUUCCUAGUGACAAUCCUUAUAAGGAAGACAAUGAUUUGCAGCCUGAAAUAUGGGCUUUGGGCAUGAGAAAUCCAUGGAGAUGCAGUUUCGAUUCGGAAAGGCCUUCUUACUUCAUGUGUGCAGACGUCGGGCAGGAUACGUAUGAAGAAGUGGAUAUCAUAACCAAGGGCGGGAAUUAUGGAUGGCGCGUUUACGAGGGUCCUUCUCUAUACAAUGCCCCUUCCUCCCCCGGUGGGAAUACUUCUGCAGCUUCGAUAAAACCUAUAUUUCCAGUGAUGGGUUAUCGACAUAGCGAUGUGAGUUCAAAAGUGGGAUCUGCUUCCAUCACUGGUGGUUUUUUCUACCGUUCCACAACCGAUCCCUGCAUGACUGGAAGGUACUUGUACACGGAUCUGUAUGCUGGAGCCAUGUGGGCUGGGGUGGAGACCCCUGAAAACAGUGGCAACUUUAAUACCAGCAAGAUUACGUUUAGUUGCGCCCCGAAUUCUCCCAUUGCUUGUGAUUCCAGGCCCGGGAAUUCGCUACCAUCACUUGGUUACAUUUUCUCUUUCGGGCAAGAUAAUGACAAGGAUAUAUACUUACUGACCAGCAGCGGCGUUUAUAGAGUGGUUCCGCCAAGUCGUUGUAACUAUACUUGCGCGAAAGAGAACGUUACCAAUACCGGGAGCCCGGGUCCGACGACGUCUUCCCCGAAAUCUCAGGCGUUUGGGCUAAGACGGUUGUCGAUUAAGAACUUGGCAAUUUUAUGUUGUGGUCUUGUAUUGUUCUUGAUGGGUAUACUUUAGUUUGUUGUUUCUAACUUUAUACAGAUAUGAGACUCUAUUGUUGGAAUUUGUUCUACUUUUUUACAAUGUCAUUUUUGUGAAUUAUGAUAAAUAAAUUGAGGUAUUUGGGGCUCUUUUUAUUGAAA